AUGGAACCGAUGGCCCUGACACCAGUACCGAGUCCUCGCACGCUGCAUCGUUCUUCGGCCAAGAUCAAGCAAAUCACCGGCCUCGACGUCGAUUACAAAAGCUUCACUCCCCCGAGACCAGCCCGAUCCCCUGCGAAGUCGGGCAAGUCGACGCCGGCUACGCCGAAUAAGUCCAAUAGCGUCCGAAGCAAGAAAGAAGGACCCAAAGCAACAACAGAGCCGGCUCGAACGUUGAGUCUGAUCGAAGACUACGAGGACGAUUCGGAAUUCGACAGCGAUUGGGAUUUCAGCCCUAGUUCGAAGCGAAACUGUGCGUCAUGGAUUCCUGCGUCUCCCGUGCCGCCUCGCGUGGAGAUUCUCGAUUUCGACGAUGCGAGCCCGCGUCGCCGCGACUCGGAGAUUGGGCCCUUGAGGUCGCCGGGAAUGCACCAUUUCGAGACGCUACCUGCUCGAAGAAACAACCAUAUGGAAGUCAGCUAUGUGGGUGCCAAAGAUCUUUACCACGCCACGGCGACUUCCAUUGCAAAAUCCGCACACAAGAAGGCAUCGUCCUCGAGAACAAGUACGGAGUCGGGACGCGAUUCCAUCGUACCUCCCAAGAACAGGCUGAGCUUCGCAACGAAGGUACUGCAAUCCGGCAGGAAGAAACCGCCGAUGGGCAUUGAUACAGCGAUAAAGUCGUCCACGCCUCCCGGCCCUAUGACGAGCACCGGAAAGGCGCCGGUGAAGGCGCCGGCGGGAGUGCGUCCGGACAACCAGGCUCACUCGCUGGACGACGAUCGACUGAGGGUGAAGUACUCGGACGCCAUCUCCCGCGUCUUCAGAUGGAGCGGCGAACACAGAAGGGUUGUUUCGGAGGGCGCCUCGCCGGUCGACUUGCCCGCCUCGGAGCCGCGCACCGUCGCCACUCCCACGCCCAAUGCGGCCACCACCCCUUCUGCCGCAGCAUCCGGGACCGGGUUGCCGGCGCCGAUGAGCAACUCGCCGAACAGGAUGGCCAGGCGCUCGGUACAGAACCUGGCGGCGCAUGUCAAGAGGACGGCGAGCACGAUUGUUCUGUCCAAGGACGAACGACGGAGGGAGAAUUUGAGGCAAAGCAUCCGGGUGAUACCGGAGGGAAGCGCAACAUGA